GUUUCAUUUCACAGUUGUUUACUUUUAUUUGAGAACUCAUUUCUACUUUGAAAUUAGUUUCCUUUUACUUGACAUUUUUAAAAAUUUAUAUUUAUUUGAAAUGUCUCAGCGAGGAAAUCGUCAUAGGCAGCUAUCUUUCAUUGGUGACGACUAUGAGAUUAAGCGGAGGAAUUUACUUGAUAUACUACGUCGUAUGGGUCCAGAAUCAAUUGCUCAAAGGAAAAAGAAGACAAGUGGAGAGUAUGUUGACAAUUUGCCCUUUCAGUCUUUUCGAAGAGAUAGCACUCAAUUCACGAGUACAGACGAUGAAGAAAGUGACCAUUAUUUAGACGAUAAUUACGACUCUUUGAAACACACAACUAGCAAGAAAAAUAGUCGUUUGCGAAAACGUAAUAGAGAUGGAGCUAAGCAGACUCUUAAGAAAUUAAGAAGAAUUGUCAAAGUAUUUUGUGCUCUGUAUCGUUUAUGGAAGUCUCAGGCUAUGGGUGUCGAAUCCGUGCUGAACAAGUACGAUUCACUUAAUAUAAUUGAUGCAAAAGAAGAGGAAGAGGAAUCUAUCAAAUCAGAAGAGGGUUUAUUUGAUGCCUCUAUUUUUAAACCUCAUAAAAAUAGCAAUAUAUCUUCCGAGGCUAGACGAAUUUUGCAAUUGAAGCAAGAUGAAAGAAGUGAACACGACCGACAUUAUAUCAAAGUAUUGAUGAGAAAUUAUAAAUCUCUUUGUGAAUAUCCUAUAUCAAUGCAAAGUGAGAUUGCUAGAAGGGCAUGGUACGAGAGUUAUAAUGCGAAGAGAAUCGUACUCCGAGAGGGACACCCAGCUCAGAGCUUUUAUAUCAUAUUAUCAGGAUCGGUUCUCGUGACCGUCUACGAUAGAAAAGACGAUGUUAAUAAGACAGUAUGUUUCUUAAAUAGGGGAGAUAGCUUUGGAGAAUUAGGAAUAAUUAAUCGAGCAAAAAGAUCUACAACAAUUGUUUCAAAAGAAACAGUAGAAUUUUUAUGCUUAUCAAGUCAAGAUUUUAUGGACAUUUUUAUGGCAGGUGGAGAUCUUAAGCUCAAUGAUUCUUUCCUUUCGAACAUAAAAUAUCUACAUGGUUGGCCACUUGAAAUCCUACAGUUCAAUCCUAAGAAAGUUGUCUCGUCAUUUUUUAAAAGAGGAACAGUAGUUGUAAAAGAUACUAGAGACUGCGAGUGGUUGUAUUUCAUUAAAUCAGGUAGCUGUAUUGUAUUAAAGAGGUUAGGGGAUAAGAAGAAUAAAGAAGGGCUUCUUUCAAAAACAUCAAUUAGUAGAUCGUUAUUAUCAAAUCGACGGCAAACAGAACACAAGCAAAAUUUAGAGCGUCAAAUGGAGGAAAAAGAGUCCUUCAGUACAGUACGUAAAAAAUUAGAACCUUUACCGGAAAUUCGGAUUGCAGUUCAAAGUUCCUAUCACCGAGCGUUUAGGAGACAUCGAAAGCUUGAAAAGAGAAUGUCGUUACUCGAAUCUCAGCAGGAAGAACAAUCUCUUAUGGAAAAGAAUGUGGUAAAAAUAUUUCCUAAUGGGCCAGUGCUGACUAGAAGCUCGCUAAGAGCCGUAGCUUUAGGUGCAAAAGAAAGUGAUGAAGAAAGUGACAAUGAAUAUAGCGAUGAGAAUGAAGACGAGAUAGGUUUCUUUUUUUUUGGCUUUCAUAAGAUAUAAUAUUUAAGAGCUAUCAUAUCACAGAAAUAGCAACCUGCCACUCCCCUACUGAACAGUAUCAAGGAUUAAAUUGGCAAUUUGUCAAUGUGCAAACUCUGACGAAAGGAAGCGUGUUUGUUAGUGUGUGCCACAUAAUUAAUUUAAACAAAAGCGAAUCAUUCAUUUGAUAAAUUCUUUGCUUAUUGUCUUUUUUUAUAGGGAUUAGCCGAUAUUCUAUUUGGUAAACAACCAAGUUUCAGCAUAAUUAGCAAUGGAGCUGAAUGCUUUAUGCUAAACAAAAAGUUGUUUGUCAAACAUGCCUCCGAACAGUUACUAGUUAGACUUCGAAAAGAGAUUUUUCCCUAUCCGAACGAUGAAGAAUUACGUGAAUGUUUACAAACUAAGGUCGCUUGGGAGAAACAUAGAAAGAUGUGUACUUUGCGUGUUCGCCGUAAGCUCCUUUUGAAUAAGGCAGAUGUACAUGAUUCCAGAUCUACAUUGUCGACAAAUUUGAAAAAAACCCUAAAUGUGUUUAAAAGAUAGCAUUUUCUUUCUUAAUAAAAACAAGCUUUAACAU